CUGUGGAUGUGGUAGUUUAUGUCAGGGUGCAGCCAUCUCAAAUCCGGUUCAGCUGUCUGCCCAUGUCUCGAGUAGAGUGCAUGCUGAAACUUCCCUCUCUGGACCUGGUUUUCUCAUCCAAUAGGGGUGAGCUUGAGCCCACCGCCACCACCUAUCCAUCUGAGGGCCCUCACACACCUUCCUCCACACCUCCAUCGGUACACAAUGCCAACAGAGUGCCUGGAAGCAAAGGGCCAUCCACAGGAUUAGGCAGUCCUCUAGGCCGGAGUCGCCACCACAGCAGCCAAUCAGAUCUAACAGCGCCACCCAUAAACUCAUCAGGUCUGAGUUUCACUGCCUGUAUGUCAGAUUUUUCACUGUAUGUGUUUCAUCCUUAUGGAGCCGGCAAACAGAAGUCUGCAGUUACUGGCCUCCCACCUGGACCAGGACCGCUGGGAGCAGUGGACGAGGAGGCUUCUUCAGUGACGGGCAGGAAAGACUCUCUCUCCAUCAACUUGGAGUUUGUAAAAGUCAGUCUUUCCCGGAUGAGACGGGCAGGAAGUCCAGCAUUUAUUGAUACUUCAGUUGCCAGCAAGGGCGGGAAGAUGGAUACAACUCUUAUCAACAUCUCAGGUGAGGAAUUCAAAAUAAAGUACUGGGGUGUCCUUGAGGAUGUCUGAUGUAUCACCUUACUAAGGCUUUUUCCAUAUGUUUCAUACUUUAGCAUUGUGCUUGAAUGCUAAAGUGUU